AUGGCCAGCCUGAAGGAGCUGGACGACGGGGCCAACGCCACAGCGAACCACGAAAAGGGGCGGCCCAGCAGCUAUGACGAGACAGAGGGCAGCAUCGAGGUCAGAGGCAAUGCAGACGCCCUCCAGCGGCAUCUCGGCAACCGGCAGAUCCAGAUGAUCGCCAUCGGAGGUUCCAUCGGCACCGCCCUCUUCGUCAGUAUCGGCAAUGGUCUGCUCGACGGCGGGCCAGGGUCGCUGCUGAUCGCCUAUGCCCUCUACUGUGGCCUGUUGGCCCUGGUGAACAACUGCAUGGCAGAGAUGGCCGUGUUCAUGCCCAUCUCUGGCUCCUUCAUCCGCUUCGCUGGCAAGUGGGUGGACGAGGCCUUUGGCUUCAUGAGCGGCUGGAACUUCUACCUCUACGAGGCAGCCAUGAUCCCCUUUGAGAUCUCUGCCAUCAACCUGAUCCUGACCUUCUGGCGCGAUGACAUUCCUGUUGCCGCCGUCUGUGCAGCCUGUGUCGUGCUCUACGCUGCCAUUAACGUCUUUGCCGUCAAGUACUAUGGAGAGGCCGAGUUCUGGCUGUCGACAGGGAAAUUCCUCCUCAUUGUCAUUGUUUUUUGCUUCACCUUCAUCACCAUGGUGGGAGGCAACCCGCACCACGACGCAUAUGGCUUCACCUACUGGCAGAACCCAGGCUCCUUUGCCGAGUACAUCCACACCGGAACCCUGGGCCGGUUCCAAGGCUUCCUGGGCGCCCUCUGGUCGGCAGCCUUCACCAUCGUCGGGCCCGAGUACCUCGCCAUAGUAGCCGGCGAGGCAGAGCGGCCCCGGACCUAUCUCAAGCAGGCCUUCAAGACGGUCUACUGGCGCUUCGGCUUCUUCUUCAUCGGCGGCGCCCUGUGCGUGGGCAUCGUCCUCCCCUACAACAACCCGACCCUCAUCGCCAACAACAGCUCGGGCACCGCGGCCGGCAGCCCCUACGUGAUCGCCAUGCAGAACCUGGGCAUCGGCGUCCUCCCGCACAUCACCAACGCCCUCAUGGUCACCAGCAUCUUCUCGGCCGGCAACGCCUACACGUACUGCGCCACGCGCUCGCUGUACGGCCUCGCCCUCGAGGGCCAGGCCCCCAAGAUCUUUGCAAAGUGCACCCGCUCCGGCAUCCCCGUCUACGCCUUCGCCGUCACCAUGCUGUUUCCCCUGCUGUCCUUCCUCGACGUCUCGAGCGGCACCAGCCAGGCCCUCACCUGGUUCGCCAACCUGACCGAGGCCGCGCAGCUGAUUGACUACAUGAUCAUGUGUCUGACGUACAUCUUCUUCUACCGCGCCUUGAAGGCACAGGGCAUCGACCGCGACACCCUGCCGUACAAGGGCUGGUUCCAGCCCUACAGCGCCUGGAUCGGCCUCGUCGGCGAGACGGUGGUCUUGGGCUGUUAUGGCUACGAGACGUUCCUCCCUGGAGAGUGGGACCUGGGCACCUUCUUCAGCUACUACACCAUGGUCUUUGUGGCGGUUGUGACGUAUACCGUGUGGAAGAUUCUGAAGCGGACCAAGGUGGUUAAACCGGAGGAGGCGGAUCUGGUGUGGGAUAGGCCUGUUAUUGAUGCGUAUGAGGAGAGUCUGGCGACGAAGCCGGUUGGGUUCUGGACGGAUGUGGCCAUGAUGUUUAGGUGGAGGAAGUGGAAGAGGCAUGAGGAUGAGGAUUGA